UGCAAUUAGCGCCUCUUAUACGCUGCCAUUUCGCUCUGAACAAAGACUAAAAUCAUUGAAUCUUCAACACAUCUAACACUACCGCCCCUGUGAUCUAUGGAUGCUGCGAAUUUGGAAAGCUUCCAGAUUACUGUAUGGUCUUCCACUCCACACGCUGCUUGCUACUGUUCCUACAUUCAAGGACCUGUCAGUUGAAAGUCCAAAAUAUUGGUGAUUCUGGCCUGAAGUGGAAAUUUUUUUAUCUUGAGACUAUGAGAACCAAUCGAGGGAAAUGCUCUAAGGCCUUUUGGCCUUCCAUUGUGAUGAAGAAGUGGCUAAAUAUCAAGCCGAAGGUGCAUGAGUUCAGUGAAGAUGAGGUUGACACUGAAACUGAAAGUGAAGAUGAUGCUUGCUCUCUUAAAGAUGAAAGAAUGCACGUGCCUGAGGAUCAUGCUCAGAGGACACAGGGGAACCCUUUCACUCGGCCCGGUCAAACUUCAGCCAGUACUUUGAUUUCUAUGGGUACAUCUUCCACGGAUUAUCGGUUAAGGCACAGGAGAGGAAAAUCUAAAACUUUGCGUGCACAGUACAUUAAUACAAAGGAUGUGAGGUUUGUGGUUGACCUGUGGUGGACAAUUGGGACUUGGAAUGUUGCUGGAAAACUUCCAAAUGAAGAUCUUGAGAUUGAUGACUGGCCUUGUACAGAAGAGCCAGCAGAUAUUUACAUUAUUGGCUAUGCAGAACACAAUUGUAUGAAUCUUUUACCAUGGGAGAUCAUGGUUGCUGUUCAUGAUUAUCCUUCAUGGUUUCUCUUCAUGAUUAUCCUAUAUGCAUGCUAUUCUAAGGAGAUUGUCGACUUUAGCUUAUUAGUUACAGGAGUUUGA